GGGGGCGGGAGGAAGGAGUGGGAGGAGGGGGCGGAGACAGCGGGGGCUGAGGGAAGCGGGGCGGGGGGGAGAGAAUGGCAGUUGCGGCGCUGAUUCCCGGGAACCGCCGUCAAGACAGAACUGCGGAGGAGGAGUUCGGGAAAGCGGCCGUCGGGACCCCUCCUCUGCGUUCCCCCCGCCCCAGCUGAGAGGCGCCUGGGCGGCUCUGAGGAACCCUCCUCCGUGUUUCCUCUGGCCGCUGCCGCCGCCGCCGGGAGAUGGGCCUGCUCGCCCGCAGCCCUGCGCCCUGCCGAGGAGUUGAAGAACAUCUGUGAUAAGUCUUCUAUAGAUUGGACUCUUUCAAGAAUUCUCUGAAGGAACCAAGUAGGAUUUUCUAACAUCAUGACUUAAUCUGAAUGCAAGAACAAGAAAUAGAUUUUAUCUUUAAAUAUAAUGAAGGGCUGUGUGUAAACACAGACCCUGACUCAAUUCUAAUGAGCAUUUUAGACAUGAGUUUACAUCGGCAGAUGGGUUCAGAUCGAGAUCUUCAGUCUUCUGCUUCGUCUGUGAGCUUGCCUUCAGUCAAAAAGGCUCCCAAAAAAAGAAGAAUUUCAAUAGGCUCUCUGUUUCGGAGGAAAAAGGAUAACAAACGUAAAUCAAGGGAGCUGAAUGGCGGGGUGGAUGGAAUUGCAAGUAUUGAGAGUAUACAUUCUGAAAUGUGUACUGAUAAGAACUCCAUUUUCUCUACAAAUACCUCCUCUGACAAUGGGCUAACUUCCAUCAGCAAACAAGUUGGAGACUUUAUAGAGUGCCCCUUGUGCCUUUUGCGGCAUUCUAAAGACAGAUUUCCUGAAAUAAUGACUUGUCAUCAUAGAUCUUGUGUGGAUUGCUUACGACAAUAUCUGAGGAUAGAAAUUUCUGAAAGUAGAGUUAAUAUCAGUUGCCCAGAAUGUACUGAACGGUUUAAUCCCCAUGAUAUCCGCUUGAUAUUAAGUGAUGAUGUCUUGAUGGAAAAAUAUGAAGAAUUUAUGCUUAGACGGUGGCUCGUUGCAGAUCCUGAUUGUAGGUGGUGUCCAGCUCCAGACUGUGGGUAUGCUGUGAUAGCAUUUGGAUGUGCUAGCUGUCCAAAAUUAACUUGUGGGCGAGAAGGCUGUGGAACAGAGUUUUGCUACCACUGUAAGCAGAUUUGGCACCCCAAUCAGACCUGUGAUGCUGCUCGACAGGAGAGAGCUCAGAGUUUACGUCUAAGAACUAUACGUUCUUCAUCCAUUAGUUAUAGUCAAGAGUCUGGAGCAGCAGCUGAUGAUAUAAAACCAUGUCCACGAUGUGCUGCUUAUAUAAUAAAGAUGAAUGAUGGGAGCUGUAAUCACAUGACAUGUGCUGUCUGUGGUUGUGAGUUUUGUUGGUUGUGUAUGAAAGAAAUCUCAGAUUUACAUUAUCUCAGUCCAUCAGGAUGUACUUUUUGGGGGAAGAAACCCUGGAGCCGAAAGAAGAAAAUAUUGUGGCAGCUGGGCACACUUGUUGGUGCUCCUGUAGGAAUUGCCUUAAUAGCUGGCAUUGCUAUCCCUGCCAUGAUCAUUGGCAUUCCUGUGUAUGUGGGCCGGAAGAUUCACAAUCGAUAUGAAGGCAAGGAUGUUUCAAAGCACAAACGGAAUUUGGCCAUAGCAGGUGGUGUAACAUUGUCCGUAAUCGUGUCUCCCGUUGUAGCUGCAGUAACUGUAGGUAUUGGUGUUCCUAUUAUGUUAGCUUAUGUCUAUGGUGUUGUUCCAAUUUCUCUCUGUCGAAGCGGAGGUUGUGGAGUCUCAGCAGGCAAUGGAAAAGGAGUAAGGAUUGAGUUUGAUGAUGAAAAUGAUAUAAAUGUUGGUGGAACAAAUACAGCUGUAGAUACAACUUCAGUAGCAGAAGCAAGACACAACCCCAGCAUAGGGGAGGGAAGUGUUGGUGGUUUGACUGGCAGUUUGAGUGCAAGCGGGAGCCACAUGGAUCGAAUCGGGGCCAUCCGGGACAACCUGAGUGAGACGGCCAGCACCAUGGCGCUCGCUGGAGCCAGUAUCACAGGGAGCCUGUCGGGAAGUGCCAUGGUGAACUGUUUCAACAGGUUGGAAGUCCAAGCAGAUGUACAGAAAGAACGGUACAGUCUAAGUGGAGAGUCCGGCACAGUCAGCUUGGGGACAGUUAGUGAUAAUGCCAGCACCAAGGCAAUGGCAGGAUCCAUUCUGAAUUCCUACAUCCCACUGGACAAAGAAGGCAACAGUAUGGAGGUCCAAGUGGAUAUUGAAUCAAAGCCGUCCAAGUUCAGGCACAACAGUGGAGGCAGCAGCGUGGAGGAUGGCGGCGCCUCCCGGAGCCAGCCUGGGGGCUCCUCCGGUGGCUUGCCUGACAGCAAGUCCAGCGCCACCAAGUGGUCCAAAGAAGCAGCAGCAGGAAAGAAAUCAAAAAGUGGUAAAUUGAGGAAAAAGAGUAACAUGAAGAUAAACGAGACCCGAGAGGACAUGGACGCACAGUUGUUAGAACAGCAAAGCACGAACUCAAGUGAAUUUGAGGCUCCGUCGCUCAGUGACAGUAUGCCGUCCGUAGCAGAUUCCCACUCUAGUCACUUCUCUGAAUUUAGUUGUUCUGACCUAGAAAGCAUGAAAACUUCUUGUAGUCAUGGUUCCACUGAUUACCAUGCCCGGUUUGCUACUGUUAAUAUUCUUCCUGAGGUAGAAAAUGACCGACUGGAAAAUUCCCCCCAUCAGUGUAGCAUUUCUGUGCUUACCCAAACUGCUUCAUGUUCAGAAGUUCCACAGUUGAAUCAUACUGCAGAAGAACAUGGUAACAGUGGAAUAAAACCCAGUGUUGAUUUAUAUUUUGGCAGUGCGCUAAAAGAAACAAAUAACAACCACUCACAUCAGACAAUGGAAUUAAAAGUUGCAAUUCAGACUGAUAUAUAGACCUAUACAUGCUGCAAAGUAAUUACCACUUGAAAAACCUUGUUUGGAGCUGGUUGAACUACAGAUGGCUGUUUUAAGUUUCAAGUUGCCAGCACAGGCCGGGUGACAUAAUCAUAAUGCAGAUACGUUUUCUGUGUUCAGCAAAGCGUUGUGUUUCACGUGGAUCUUAAUUACCAAACUAUGAAAUGAAAGCUUUAAAGUGCAUUAUCGUAAGGACAAUAAUUCUUAAGAGAAUUAUGUUUUGUGUGUUUGCCAGAAAUCAGUGCUUGAAGCACAUACUUGUGUAUUUAGAUAGAAAUUUGGCUUAAUUUAUAAUCAAUAUAAAGUACUAAUGCAGUUCUACAGCAUUCUUAGGAAGAGAACUUGAGGCUUAGGGAUAAGUGGUUAGUGACAUUUUAUUGAAACCACUAAGGGAUACUGUUUAAAGAACCUUGCAGGUUAUUCUCAGUAUAUGAUAUUCUUUGUAACAUUUCUGUUCAUCACUGGGCAUAAAUUUCGUCUCUUCUUCAUAUGCAGUGUGGAUAUAUACAGCUAACGCAGCCCAAUUGCUACCAUGUGGAUACUUAGACACCUUGAGCAAGAUUGUGGCAGUUUGCACAACUUUGAAAUAGGAAUACCUGGUACUCUAUUUAGCUUGUAUAUUGUUGCCAUCUUAGAAGACAAGUGUAAAAGUAGGUAAUUAAGUAUACUGACAGCACCAAAUAAGAUAUACAAAGCUGCAAAAUAAAAUUUCAUUAGUUUAUAAGUAUUACAAAAAGUCACCUUUCCCAAAGGGGAACUUUGCACCCUGUUGAUCCCUGGUGCCUUGGGAAUAGACUGGAUUUUAAGGGCCUACUUGUCUGAGAGUUCUGCUGUAUUGUUUUCCAUAAAGUCCUCCUUAGUCACCUUGGAUUAUGUAGAAAAAUACAGGAUAGAGAAACAUCAAUAUAAUUAUAGUAACAAUGCUGAAAAAUUAUUAGCCUACCAAAGACACACUCAGGCUUUAGUGAAUAACUACAUAACCUCAGUUUUUAUAGCACAUAUCUUCUCCAAUCAUGAAAUCAAAGCAUGGCGCAGAGUUUGUACCAAGUACUAAGGAGGGGUCCGUGUAUGGCUGGCUUUAUUUUCCUUUGCUUUUGUUUAUGGAAGAUGUUUAACUGACAUAAACAAAAGUUGGCCAAAAUAUUGCCUAUACUGUUAACUUCCAGUAUAAUUCACUUAAAUAAAACAGGCUCACCUCAGUGAUUAGCAGUUAAAAUAUUCCAUCUUAUAUGUUUCUAUUAAGUAUUACCAUUAUGGUGCUACUAAGCGUUUUCUUUUGAUAAAAGGAAAAAUGCCAUGGGCUGCAGUCUUCUCUCAUCACUUUUCUCACCAGGCCCAUUAAUAUGCUUAUAACACUAGUGCCAGUUAUUUUAUUUGAUAAUGCUUAUUAUGGUAUGUGUAUAUUUGUCUGCAUUCCAAUUUUGUUCAGUAGUGAGUGUGUAAACUGCAUACAUGAAAUAAAUGUAAAUACUAAUGUAUCACUGCUG